GGCUCUCAGGGCUACCGGGCUACGCUCGUAGCACCCGGGUGUGCCAUGGCGCCGACUCGCGCUUUGCUUGUGAUGAUGGCGCUAGGAGCCGCCGAGGCCUUCGUGGCAACCCGAGCGCCACCAGCCACCCGACUGGGUGCUGUGGGUGCUGUGGUGUCAGGUGCCCGCCCUAUGGCGCAGCAGAGUAAUGUGAUGGUGUGGUCAUCCCUGGCAAGUUGCGCAGGCCUUCUGGUCGCUGGCUUUGUUCGAUCACGCCGAAGAGAGAUGCCAACCACGAUGUUCUUCAAGAAAAAGUUUGGUGGCCCUAUCAAGAGGGACGACGAUGCAAUGUAUGGGCCACAAUAUCAUGGCCCCAAGGAGUCAGGCGGUAUCCAGCGCAGUUCCCGUUUGGGAUUUCCUAAGUGGGGACAGCAACGAGUCAUUCCAAAACUCAGUGGCGCCUCCUAUGAGUAUAGAAAAAACAUGAUGAAAAACCUCACGACGCAGAUUAUUCGUGUGGGGCGCAUUAAGACCACUCGUGCAAAGGCAGAGGCCCUUACCCACUUUGUGGAUCGCAUGAUUUUGCUGGCGAAGCGUGGUGACGACUUGUCCCGACGAGAAGCUGGUGAGUGGCUUUACGAUGAGACUCUUGUGGACAACCUCUUCAAGCUCGCGCCAGAGCGUUAUCCUGACCAAGAGAAAGGAUUUUGCAAGGUGACGAGAACCAUGAAUCGGAAGGGAGACUGGUCAGAGAUGGCUUAUAUUGAGCUUCUUUGAUCGGGCACUGGCUGACACGCACCAAAUCGAUGCAACAUUCCGGAAAAGGUCAGUGACCUAAAUAGUAAAGUAACCCAGAUACAUAAGAAUUACAGUAGAGCCAAAUGACCUCAAGCGAAGCGAGGCC